AUGAGCAAGGUGGUCAGGUCAUCGAGUGAAUCAGAUGUACAAAUCUGGGAAACAGAAGAUGGUGACAUGACAGAAGGGGACUUAGGAUAUGGUCUCAGACGAAGACCCGGCGGUAUUUAUGAAGUAGAAGUUUCACAUUUAUUCCCAUCUAGAAAAAAACCAGAUGGAAAUAACUUGAGCCCGCCUUCAUUUCCGAGAAAGGGGGAAGAAAGUAGUGGUACUAUUUUUCAGCAUUCCAAGCAUCCGAGCUUGCAAGAUACAUAUUCUCAAGAGUCUAGAAUUCCCAAUUACAGACGACAAUGUAGCACUGUGGAUUCUAAUUCAGAAUUGUCAAAUGUAGAAUUAAGGCAACGUCUUCAUGAAACUUUAGAGGAGGUAGAAGUUUUAAAAACUGAGCUUGAAGCAUCUCAAAGACAACUUGAAGGUAAAGAGGCAGCACUGAAAAUUCUUCAAAACAUGGCAAUAUUUGGUAAGGCCACCAGUCAUACCCAGGCAGUGCUUCAAAAGACAAUGGAACAAAAGAGAUCAUUGGAGAAGGAAAUAAAUUCCUUGCAGUGGGAAAUAGAGUUUGAUCAGAAUAGAUUUAAAAAUAUAGAGGAAUCCUGGAUCCAAAAAUAUGACAGACUUAACUGUGACCAUGCAGUCCUCAAAGAAACUUUGAAACUGAAAACAGAAGAAGUUAAAAUCCUAAAGUCUGAAAAUGCAAUUUUGAAUCAGCAAUAUUUGGAAACUCUUGCAAUGCUUGAGAUCAAACAACAGAAAAUGGCUCAGGAAAACACGUGCCGUAGUCCAAGCAGCUGCUUUACAGAGGCUUCAGGUCUUGAGGUUGCAGUCCUGGGAGCCUGCCUUUGUCAUGGUCCAGGAGGGAACCCCUGUCCCUGUGCCAAAAUGGCAGCGUCCACUCACAAACUGCUGCUUCAGCUCAAACAAGAGUUGGAACUUUUGCAGAAGAGUAAAGAAGAAGCUUACAUAAUGGCAGAUGCAUUCAGAAUUGCAUUUGAGCAACAGUUAAUGAGGAAAAAUGACCAGGCACUAAGAUUGACACAAAUGGAUAAUAUGUAUAAAAAAGCAACGAAACAGAUAAACUGGAAGCACCUUAAAGAGGAUGGUUUCCUAUCACAAAGGACUAAGAAAACCUUAGGGCAGAAACUGUUCAGUAUGCUUCCUUCCGAAAACAGUUUGAAAAGAACUGAAGACCAGGAGAAUCCUCAAGACGUUUGUAAGACAUUAAUAGAUUUGUUAAAUGAUAAAGAAGAAGCUUUGGCUCAUCAGAGAAAAGUUAGUUACAUGCUUGCUCGGGCAUUGGAAGACAAAGAUACAGCUUUACAACAGAACAAAGAGAAAAAUCCUAUGAAAGAAAAGUUUUCAUUCAGGAACUCCUGGCUUAAAACCUCAGAAUUGGCAGUUUUGCAUGAUCCUAUGUAUUCAAAUGUCCAAAUUUUUAAUUCUCUGGGCUUUAUGUCUUCAAUCCAUCACCCUCAAAACUACACAAGAACUCUUAAAAAGUCCCAUUCUUUGCCAUCAGGUAUCAUGUUUUGA